GAGGGGCCGGGCUGGGGCGCCGCAGUUCGGCCCGAGGGUCGGGAGCUGAAACCCAACACCUCCUCGGAAAGGAUCGUCCCCCUUUCUCCGCCGCUUCCCCUUCCCCCUUCCUCCUCUCCUCUUAAUCCCCUGGACUGACCCCUCGCGAGAGGAGUGGGCCGGAGCUGGGAGGGGAGAGAGCCUGCCGAGGAGGGCCGGAGCCCGGCCAAGGGAGGGAAGGGGCGCGGCACGCGAGGGGCGAGCGGGGGCCACGCGCGACCCAGACCUUUCCUAGCCCUCAGUGUCCCCGCCUCGACCCCAGACGGGCCCACGGGACCGCUCCUCCCCCCCUCUGCUCCCUUAGCUCUGUGGCCUUUUUCUUCGUUCCCCUAAGACACCUGGAGCUCCCCUAAGCUUCGGGGCGCGCCAAGGGCCCGGUCCAGGGUGUGCGAGCGGGGCCCGGGGCCCGCGGGGCGCCUGGGGCACAGGGUGGAGCGCCCCCUUGGGCGCUGGGACUGAGAGGUGCCUGGCGGCCACCUCGAAGGCCCGGCAGUGCCGAGAACGAGUGUGGCGGGGAGAGCCGGCCUCGGCGAGGGCCUGGGCACAGAGCCCAGCUCCACCGCCACGCGCUCUUAGGCCUUUGGUGCUGACUUGAGGGAGCUGGGAGACACGCAGCCCAGCUCUCGCUCCUCCUCCUUCCCCGCGGGUCCCGCCGCAGUGCCCCCGCAGCCACGACCACAGCCCUGGGAGCACCGCUCUGCGUAGAUGGGGGAGGGUUGGUCCCUGGAGUUGCUCAUCCAGCCCAACCACUCCGGCUGCUUCUCCCAACCCUCGGGGCUAGCCUGAGCUGCCUGGAGAGGUGUCGAAAACAGCCACAGUUCCUGCUUCUUCUCCCGGGACGUGAGCUUUGGGCUCAUGCGUGUCCAGGAGGCCCCUCCAGCCUAAAGCAGCAGUUGUGGGGGCCUAGUGGACCCUGGGGACAGUUUAGAGCGCGCCCCUUGGAUGAGGUCCCGCAGCGACGCCCAAGCCCGCCUCACUCCUCCUGCCUGGCCAAGCUGCCUCCCAUUUGGAAAGUUUUGUGGGUUUUCUUUCUCCUCCUCCAACUUUGGGGGAGGCAUCUCCUCAAGCGCCACGGCUUGGGGUGACCUUCUGGCUUGGAGGCCGGGAACCAUGGUGUGGGGCAGCCGUCGCUGAAGUCAGCGAAAACUGAGCCUGGCCUGAAGCAGGCGACGCUCGCUGGAGGCCAGAGCCAUGGCCAUUGCCACGUCGGCCCAGCUUGCCCGGGCACUGUACGACAACACUGCCGAGUCCCCCCAGGAGCUGUCUUUCCGCCGAGGGGAUGUUCUGCGGGUCCUGCAGAGGGAGGGCGCUGGCGGACUAGAUGGCUGGUGCCUUUGCUCCCUGCAUGGCCAGCAGGGCAUUGUGCCCGCCAACAGAGUGAAGCUUCUUCCUGCUGGGCCAGCACCCAAGCCAGGCCUCUCCCCAGCACCUCCCGCUCAACCCAGCUCAUCGGGUCCCACCCCAGAGCAUGGCAAUGAGGAACAGGAGGUGUAUGUGGUACCACCACCAGCUCGACCCUGCCCUGCCUCAGGGCCUCCCACUAGAUCCUGCUCACCCUCUCCUGACUCCAUCUACAAGGUCCCCAGAGUCAAUGGCACACAGCUGACUGCCUCCAGAGAUGCGUCAGAGGUCUACGAUGUGCCUCCCAACAUCCUCCGGGCUCCCUCCAGCUGUCCCUAUGACUCCCCGGCUUCCUUCUCCUGUCCUCUGGCCCCGGUUGUCCCACAGCCCCCUGGAGAGGAUGAAGCUCCCUACGACGUGCCUCUGGCCUUGAAGCCACCUGCAGAGAUGGAGCCAGAUCUGGAGUGGGAAGGGGGCCGGGAACCAGGGCCUCCCCUCUAUGCUGCCCCUUCCAACCUGAAACGGGCCUCGGCUCUGCUCAACUUGUACGAGGCACCUGAGGAACUACUGGCAAACGGCGAACACAGGGACGCGGACGAAGGCAUCUAUGAUGUGCCUCUGCUGGGGCCAGAGUCCCCAUCUCCGGAGCCCCCAGGGGCUUCUGGCUCCACCGACCUGGACACUGUGGCCCAGCUUCUGACCAGAAGCCCUCCACCCCAACACAGGCCCAGGCUGCCCUCCACGGAGAGCCUGUCUCGGCGCCCUCUGCCUGCCCUGCCUGUCUCCGAGGCUCCUACUCCUUCUCCGGCUCCUUCACCUGCCCCAGGCCGGAAGGGCAGUAUCCAGGACAGGCCUCUGCCCCCUCCCCCACCCUGCCUGCCUGGUUAUGGGGGCCUCAGACCAGAGGGAGAUCCAGAGUGCAGGGAGGUAGACGGUGAUUCGUCAGACCCUCACAAUGAGUAUGAAGGCAUCCCGAUGGCUGAGGAGUAUGACUACGUGCACCUGAAGGGUGUGGAUAAAGUUCAGGGUUCUAGACUCCUGGAUAAAGCUCUCCCGGCAGAUCCUGAGAGGGGCCUGGUAGAACAGAAGGAAGUCCCGUCCCCAGAGGAGCCGCUGGUCCUGUCCACUGGAGACCUACAACUUCUGCACUUCUACGCAGGGCAAUGCCAGAGCCACUACUCGGCCCUGCAGGCUGCUGUGGCAGCCCUCAUGGCCAGUACCCAGGCCAACCAGCCGCCAUGUCUCUUUGUGCCCCACGGCAAGCGAGUGGUGGUGGCCGCUCACCGCCUGGUAUUUGUCGGGGACACCCUAGGCCGCCUGGCAACCUCUGCACCUCUCCGGGCACAGGUGGGGGCUGCAGGCACCAUGCUGGGCCAGACUCUGCGGGCCACUGUGCUUGCCGUCAAGGGGGCUGCCUUAGGAUACCCAUCUGACACUGCGGUCCAAGAGAUGGCCCGGUGUGUGGCAGAGCUCGCAGGGCAGGCCCUACGCUUUACCACCCUGCUCACUGGCCUGCUCCCCUGAGGGCCUGUUCAUAAGCCUUACCCUUAAUGCCUGCCAGAGCUCUACUCUGUGCUGAAGGUGGCUGAGGGCUGGGCUGGAGGGAAAGAGGAUUCUUCCCCCUUUUCAUCUGUCUUGGUCAUCUUAGCGACUCACUAAGGCAUCUCCUCCCCUCCACCUACUGCUUUUUGUAUGAGCCAUUUUGUAUAAAUUAUUUAUAUUUAA